CUCUGUCUCAUCUGUCUGUGGCGCUCAGCUCAGUCCCUAACUUUAACUAUGUUUCCCCCAGUUUAAUUUUUUUUUACCAUGUCACUGAGCCGCGGGUCCUUUUAAAUGACAGUCGGACUACUCUGUGGCUUGUUGUUUUUUCUACAAACCGAGCUGUGUCAUUUCGUCUCCUGUAAACAAACGACACAGCGGCAGCUCUCCUGUGGUAGCUAGCUAACAGCUGUGCAGCUUUAGAGGAAUAACGUCGCUGUGAGGUUCAGCCAACCAGGCACAAAGUGUUGCUUCUAUGACCUACAACUGUCCGCCCCGAUCAGAGGAUGUAUCCGCCUUCCAGAAAGGACUUCAUCUCUCUGACACUGAGUGAUCCACACAGUCACUUGUACAACAAUGGCAAACACCGGAGACAGUCCUGCUGGAGGAAAUGGAAGCAGCUGUCUCGGCUCCAGCGAAGCCUCAUCCUGUUCCUGCUGGCCCUGCUGCUCAUCUUUGGACUGCUCUCCUUUCCUAGCCUCAGCGAGCAGUGGAGAGGGUUUUCUGACAGGGACGACUGGCUGGAGCUGAAUGACAAUGAACUGAAGGCUGCUCUUCCAGGUGUGAAGCCUGUUUUGGGUCAACAUGCAGGUAGAGCUCCGGCUCCUGUGGCUGGGCCACAUGUGGGGCCAGCUGUAGAGCCAGAUGCAGGUCCUGUUGUUGGUCCAGAAGCUGUAGUGGAGCCCAGAGGACCAAAUGUGCCCAUACUACCUAAGCCUCCCAUUAAGAAAAAGCCAUUCCCAAACAAGAGAGGACCACCAGGCCUGCAGAAAGACGGUAAUAUGUCAGACACCGCCGGAGGAGAAAAGAAAGAGCAAGAGGUGGCUCAAGAUGAGGGAGAGGAGGAGGAGAAAGAAAAGACUAUCGUCAGCUGGAGAGGAGCGAUGAUUGAAGCCGACCAAGCCACAGAGCCUCCGCCCUCGGCCAAUGAGAAAGAAGCAGCAGCUUUCCCGGCCCCAGUGAACCCUGCUGACUCCGUCCCUGUUGAAGUUUCAACUGGAUCUGUGGACCGACUGGAGGCAGUACGUGAUGCUUUCAGACAUGCAUGGAAAGGCUAUAAGAGCUGUGCCUGGGGUCACGAUGAGCUAAAGCCCAUCUCUAAGUCUUUUGGGGAGUGGUUUGGCCUGGGUUUGACCCUCAUUGACUCCUUGGAUACCAUGUGGAUUUUGGGCCUUAAAGAAGAGUUUGCAGAAGCAAGAAACUGGGUGGAGAAUGAUCUCAACUUCAACAAAAAUGUGGAUGUGAAUCUUUUUGAGACAACAAUUCGUGUCCUUGGGGGUCUGCUGAGUGCCUACCAUCUAACAGGAGACCAACUCUUCUUUGAAAAAGCUAAAGAUCUAGGGUCAAGGUUGAUGCCUGCCUUCAAAACUCCCUCAAAGAUCCCUUUCUCAGACGUCAACAUUGGGAAGGGAACAGCUCACCCCCCUCGAUGGACGUCAGACAGCACGCUGGCCGAGGUCACAAGCAUUCAGCUUGAAUUCAGAGAGCUCAGCCGCAUCACCCAGGACCCGCAGUACCAGGAUGUUGCAAAUGAGGUGAUGAAGCUGGUCCACAAGCUUCCAGGCAAACACGAUGGCCUGGUGCCCAUGUUCAUCAACACCAACAGCGGCCAAUUCACCCACAAAGGAGUAUUCACUCUAGGUGCCCGGGCAGACAGCUACUAUGAAUACCUGCUCAAACAGUGGAUCCAGGGAGGCAAGACGGAAGACGACCUGUUGGAGGACUACCUUCAAGCUGUAGAAGGAGUAAAGAAACACCUUGUGAGACAGACGGGUCCAAACAGACUGACAUUUGUGGGAGAGUUGAGCCACAAUCGCUUCAACGCAAAGAUGGACCACUUGGUGUGCUUCCUGCCAGGAACCCUGGCACUUGGGGCUCAUAAUGGCCUCCCAGGGGACCACAUGGAUCUGGCCGUGCAGCUGAUGGAGACGUGUCAUCAGAUGUACAAACAGAUGGAGACCGGACUCAGCCCAGAGAUCGUACACUUCAGCUUGCAGCCCAGUGAUGGACGUGAUGUUAUUGUUAAGCCUGCAGACAGACACAACCUGCUGAGACCAGAGACGGUGGAGAGCCUGUUCUACAUGUACAGAUUCACUAAAGACACCAAGUACAGAGAGUGGGGCUGGGACAUACUGCAGAGCUUCAAUAAGUACACCAAGGUGCUUGAUGGAGGCUACACGUCCAUUAACAACGUCCGAGACCCCGCGAACCCCGGACCCCGAGACAAGAUGGAAAGUUUCUUCCUGGGUGAGACCCUGAAAUACCUGUACCUGCUCUUCUCUGAUGACACGGACCUGCUCAGUCUAGACAAGUAUAUCUUUAACACAGAAGCACAUCCGCUCCCCAUAUGGCCCUCUGCACCAAAGUGAGCUCUUACAAAAGCUGUCUGUAAAGAUCAGACCCUCUGACGUCUGUGUGAGUCAAAGGCUGUGAUGGCAGGAGCAUUUCUUCAGACACUGUCCACGCCGGACUGCUGGUGUGAGGCAGAAACCAGAUCUGUGCCAUCCGCCUGUACUGUGAUGUGUGUCCUUGUGGAGGGGUUUGUUUUUUCCUUUUCUUUAUUUUUCCUAAGGAAAAGGUUUAUGUAAGAGCUGGUCUCUAAUGUACAAAAACUUUUUUAAAUGGGGUUUGACUAGCUGGAGCUAACAGGAGAGCUGAGAUGAGACAGUGGGAGGGUUGUGCUACUUUGGACUGGGUUGUUUUUUUUUAUUUAUUUAUAUGGAAGCAACAAUGAUAUCACCCUGGGUUUGUCUGAAAAUCCUCAAGCACAUCCCAGGUCAUUUCUGUAAAGUUAUCCACCAAUUCAUCCAGUUGAUUCAGCGAUGCAAUUGGUGCAGUAAUCAAUAAUGGAAAUCAGUGCUGCAUGUGGAGCUAAAUUUAUGUUUUAAUGGAUUGCUCUGGUGAAGGGAUCACAAAUUAUUAGAGAAGUCUUUCUUUUGGCAGCGCGCUUGCUUGUGUACAAAAACUACAAACAGGCGUAAAGUUGUGUUUCUUCCAUUUCUUUUGAGAUGUCUGUGCUUUGUGUUGUCUCAGCCUAAGUUUGUAUGAGCAGUGGGGCUGCUGGAGUCAGUGCCUUGUUUGAAGACAAAUGUAGAGUAUUUCUAUAUCUGACAUGCCAUCUUUAUCGAAGUGAGGACUUUGAGUAAGCUGUAAGCUGGUUUACUUGCAAGUACACCAUGACCCUAGCCUUGCAAAGCAGAUGGAUACGGCCAUGUUUUCCACUGGUGAAUCCAUCUUUCAAGGCUCCCCUCGGAACCAUUUGGGCCAGGUUAAAAAGUGAAAGGACCAAUCAGCGUCGAGGGACAGUACUCUCGGGCAUAUCGGAGUCGUGACGUAAACAAGCAGCAACAAGAGACCAGUGCAAUUAUGGUGGAAGACAUUAGCGUGGAUGUUGCUAAAGCGGCAGUUUUAUCAGAACUUGAUGUCAUUUCUUUGUUAAAAGACAAACAGAGAACAGCAGUGAGUUGUUUUCUUUCAAAAACGACAAAAGUCGUGUACUGACAUGUCUAUGGUCACCAUGUUUCGUGUUAUGCAGUUCUGCAUGGAGUUUACACCUUCGGUAGGGGCACAGCUUGGUAGUGGCUAUGUCAUGUGUUUUGUUGCUCUGAUUGGCCCGUAAAGAUGUGAUAGAACAUUUAUCCAAUCACUCUCCGAGUUUUUUUUUUCAAACAUUUUGCCCUUUCCCAAUCGCUGUCUAUGAGUGGUUUUCCAGAUGGAUGCAUGCCAGGUUACCAUGACCCAGGAGGUUCAUAAAUACAAUAAUACCAGACAUUAUACUGUGGCUAUAAAGUCUUCACACCCCCAUUUAAAAAGACACAUUUCUGUGGUAAAAAUGAUGCUAAGAUAACCUGACAUGCCAGAUGGAUUUGUAACGGGUGUAUCCAUCUGCUUUGCAAGGUUAAUGCUAAGAUGUAUUGAUUUAAAAAUGUUUGACCUGCAAUGUGACCUGUAACACAAUGGGAAAAAAUCUUUUAAGAGGAAGUUUUUAAAAAACAAGCUGCAUAAAUAUGUUUAGCCCCCAGACUAACUCUUUGUUGAAGCACCUUUUCAGUUUUCAUCACAGCAUUUUAUCCAUUUAUCAGCAUGGCAAAACCCAGCUUGGCAAAAUUUGCCUGCUCACCUUUUCAAAAAUCGUCAAAAUCAUUCAACUCACAAGAGCAUUUCCUUUGCACAACCCUCUCUAGAUUUUCAUCAGGAUUUCGGCUCUGGAUGGGCCUUUCAUUUUCUACUAGGUUAUUGUUACGCUGAAAGUUGAAAUUCCUCCUCAUUUUAAGCUUUCCAGUAGAUGCCUGAAGGUUGUUUUCCAAAAUGGACUGAUAUUUGGAGCUUUUAUGUGAUGAUUGCCCCCUGGUGGGCAAGAUCAGCCUUCUGCUGCUGUUUAGAGAAGUUUAACCGUCUUGGUUGUCACUUUUGUGUUUAAGCUUGUUUUAUUUUAAAUCGUUGAAGGAAAGAAAGUUGCUGUUUAACUGGAUGUGCUAACUGAUUAAGUGACAAGCCCAGGUUAUACUUCUGUAGGACAUCAUUAGAGAAAGAACACCCAGAGAGGAGCAAAAAGCAGGUUUAUUUCUUUAGGGAACAAUACCGUAGCACCAAACAGAUUUUUUCAAAUCUUGACAUCAAAUAUUGCAGAUUAUGACUGUUUUUGAACUCAUAUUACAGCACCAGAACACUGACUAACAGCUGAACGUGGUCCUUAUAUCUUUAAGCAACACUGGGCGUGAUGCAAGAGAUCCAUUCAUCCUUUUCUUUCACUUUCCUCACUCUCCUGUGCCUGUGAGUGUAUUUUACAAUGUGGAGAUAGCUGUGCAUUAACAAUAUCCAAUAAUAUCCGUGUUCAAAAUGCGUUGUGUCCUGACUUGUGCAAACACAGAAGCAAAUCUAUUCAGCUCAAACGCCCAUCAAUACAAAGCACCUUACGUCUGAUUCUCUUUCUUCCUUUCAACAUAAAAGCACUAGAUGUCAUAUUUUUACAAGGAGAAACGGAAAUUCAUAGGGCAGAGAAUUCAAUAUUUAAUGGAGUGUGGACAGCAAGUGUGCCUGAUGCUCCCAUGCUUCUCCAAACAGCAGCAUUACUAACCCAAACACUUCAAAAAUACUAGAACUGUCCAUAUUUUUGUGGACUUUCAUCUAGUGCAGUACGAUUUGGUAUUAAUGUGCAAUUGAAAUUGUAUGGAGCAGUAUUGUGAUUUACCAUGUAAUACAUAAUGUUAUCAUGAGUCUACUUGCCCCCACAUCCCCCAACGAGACAAUCGGUGUAGAAAAUGGAUGGAUGGAUGUAGUCUACUUGCUUGGAUUUCAAGAAAAAUGCAGAGAAUAAUGAUCAUUUGAAGUGUGUUUUUCUCAGCUCAAAUCAUACAAUUAUUUUGAAAAUGACAAAAGCUAAAAUUUUACAGUGUUGCUUUCAAAAUAACUUAAUAUUUUCCAAAAAAUAGAAUUAAUUUCUUUUUUAAAUAAAGGUACUUCUACUAAGUGCAAUAAGCGGCACUGUUGUAAUCAUAAAGGCCUUUUUGCAGGCAGUUUUCUAAACCUUUCAACUUAAUACAAAAAUGAUUUCAGCCUAUUAUGUAAUUGCACUACCUAAAAUUGUGAUUGCAGUAACGAUUAGAUAAACAGCACCGAAGCUAAUCUCUGGCUGGAACUUUUCUGAUUUUAGUGAUUUGAAUGGUCUUCCAGCUGCUGUAUAAGGCUCCAUACUGACAAAACUUACAGUUUGAAUUAACAUCUCUGUUUUCUGCGGCCGUCAGGGGAUGUUAACCUGUCUAAUUUUGAGGAGGUGGAUAUGAAAGGCAUGGUGCCACAGCUUCACACAGCAGUCAAUGGUUCUGCUCCUGUCCUAGACUCUUUUUGCCCUCCAGGCCACCGCACUGGUGACGUGACUGAAAGCUACUAACUGUUCAUUGUGUUUUGAUAAACUGUUUAUGGGCUGAACACCCAAUAACGUCAGAGAGUCAUCCGUAACUUUGAUUUAAUAAUGAAUGUAUUCUUUGUUGUGUGAUUUUUUUAAUUUGAACAGGUUUUCAUUGAGUUGAAUCAUCACUAAGUGAGUUUACAUGCACUAUACUAGUGUAUCUUAUGACUAGUCCUGGUUUUGUUUAGAUCUGGUUGUAUGAGCACCUGUUUUUCAUCAUAUAAGGAGGAAGAAACUAAAGCUGCUGUGUGGUCUAAAAAAGGGAAAGUUUAUCCACUUAAACCCGCUGUGUUUGUGUUUAACCCUUUCUUUUCUCAGUUCUGGCACUUUUGCAUCCAUGAUUCAUCCUCCUAUUUUGGGUGACUAACUUGAGAAGUUGAAAUAUUGUCCUCACACUUGCAGAAGUUUGAGUCAUAGCUGUUUAGUAAUGCUGACAGCUUGAAGGAUAUAAAGUGUAGGUGCUGUUUAGAAGCACCCACAGCCUGUUAUUAUGUUUAUUUCAUCACUUUAAUGCUUCCGUCCAGAUGAUUCUGUAUUCUGUGGUUUAUUAAAAACAGUCAUUUUCAUGUUUUAACAGUUUCUUUCAUAAUAAUUCACUCUAACAGAGAGCCAUAGACUGCCCUGCAUCACUGAAUGUGCACUACAUUUGCCAAGCUCUGCUGUGCCUAUUUAACUUUACCGUGUUACUUUUUGUUUUUUAUGGCUGCUGUAUCAGUGGUGUUGAUCUGUGAAGUGCAAUGAGUGAAAGUUAAAUUUAUGAGUUGUAUUUUCACUUUGGAUGGGUGGCUGAUAAAUUAAUACAGCUGUAAAUACUUUAAUGUAAAUUGUUUGUAUCUUUUUUUUCAAAUGUCUUUUGAUAAUAUCUCAUCUGAAACUCUGUACGGUCAUAUCAGAAAGUUUUUUCUGUAAGCCCACUGUUUCUUUUCAUAACAUUUUUGGGGGUUUGCCUUCAUUUAAAUUUAACAGUGGAGUAAAGUGGGCCAGAUUUAAACAUGGGCCCUCCCAAUACACCCCUUUCUUCUGCCACUUGGCCCAACCUCUGCAUUCUGCGUGAUGACGCCUAGGGUUAGGAUGUCCUGAUUCUUGUUGAAGUGGGGAGUAGGGGGAGGAUUUUCCAGACACACACACCAAACAGAGUGUUAUGGGAAAUCUCCCAGAAUACCAUGUGAAUCGUCAGCAGGAUGUCUGCUCUGGUGUCAAAAAAGGUGUACAAAAGUCAGUGAUUCUUAGUAAAUAAUACUUGACAACCAUAUUAUCUUAUAAUUUAAUUUUGUUUCAACACAUUACGGUUCUUCUGUGUUAAACAACAUCUGAAAAAUCACUCGUAGUAAAAAUGCCUGAUAAGGUUGCAUCUGUUUAUGUCAAUGCUCUUGAUGACGUAUCAGGAACUUAAAGGGUCACCCCAUUUUGUAAGGAGCAGAUUUCACCCCCUACCCCUUCAUCAAGGGGUUGGAAUUGUUGGAGGACUAUAGCUUCCACAUCUUAGGUGCUACCUAAGCACCAUGCUCACUGCUUUAUUACAACAACUUUUAUCCUUUCACAUUUUUUUCCUUGGAUAAUUCAUGGUUACUAAUCAAAUGUAAGCCUCAUGGUGCCACUAAAUAACAGGCAAUAUCAGGAAGGGGAUCAGUGUAGUAAUAAUGUUUUAUCCUUUUGUAAUAAAUCUGCACAGUUCUUCUACAAUCCAUCAUACUGGGCACAUUUACAUGCACUCAAUAUGAAGUCAAGCUAAUGUUAAAGUUUGAUAAGGCAGUUUAAUUGGAUUACUGUGCUUGUCUUGGUGUUUAUAGGAAAGGAGAAUCGAUUUCAGACGAUACCAUGGUACCACGGUAGAUGGCAAUAUCACUCCUUUCAGCUAGUUACUACUACCUAACUUUGUAAGCAGUGAACUAUUGUAAGUUUAAAGCUGGGCAUGCACUGAACUUUAGUUUUAUUUCAAAUUGAACUCAUUUGAGGGAUAUUUCUCCAAAAUAAUCGACAAAAUAUACCUCUUUAUAUCAUCACUUUUUUUGGAAACAUCCCAUGACCACUGUUAGUGUCUUGCAACCCCCCAGGGUUCCCAACUCCCACUUUAGGAACCACUGCUCUACACCAGAAGUUCUCAGCUGGUCUAACAUUAGGACCCACCAUCACCUCCUAAAUUACAUAUCCUGACCCAAAUUUCUUACAUUUUGUGAUCAUUAACAAAGUUUUUAUUUGUAAGGUAUAUUUCUGGGACAUUUAUUCCUUUAUUGACAGAGGCAGACAGUGGAUAGAGUCAGAAAUGGGGAUGUGAGAGUAGGGGUGAAAUAUGUGGGAAAGGAGGCACAGGCUGGACUUUAUCCCAGGCUGCCCGCGCACAUGGGACAUGACCUAACCACUAGGCCAUCUGUGGCCCAUAACCAAAGGUAUAUAAUAAUAAUUUUAAAAAAAGAAGCAGUUUAGACUUAAGACAACCGAGAUGCAAACAUUUAACAUAAAAUCACAUUUUUUUAAUGGCACACAUCCACGACCCACUGAAAAUGGUUUCGCAACCUACUUUUGGGUUUCUACCAGUUGAAGAACCAAUGCGUUGUACUUUUGGCACAGAUGCGAUGCAUGCUAUCCCUCUAGCUUAAGCAGAAUCCAGAGGUGGAGGACAACACGACUGUUCCUAUGCAAAGCAUUUAUGGUCAUUAAGGGUCAUAUCCCAGUGUUGACGUUGUCAAGCAUGUGCAGAACACCUAGUCCAGUUAAUCUGAUCAAGAUGAAUCCACUGCAGAGAAAAUCAGCAUUAUUUGUGUUUGAGUCUGACCUCCUGAAAUUUGAUUUAGUAUGAUAUUAGUCAGACUAACAUGCUUGUGUGAAUUUUAAAAGUCCAAUUUUUUUCAGACUAACCCAAUAAUUUCACUUUUCCUGGAUACAUGUAAAUGCAAAGACAGUUGGUGUGAUUUCUGAGACUGAGCCACAAAGGUUCAGUUUGUUUCUGUCUGAAACAUUACAAUCGCUGGAGUUAAAUCCUGUCAGCAGCAUUAGCAGUCAAACAUUUAUGAGGAUAGAGCUUUGAUGACUCAGUAAUUUAUGAGGUUUCUGCAAUCUCCCCAUCAACAAUAAAUAAAACUGAAUUAUCCUAAUUAGAAAAAUUAAUUUAAAAGAAUCCUCACACAUGCGAGAACAUCUGUACUCCAAUCUCAAAUUGCUCCAUUUUCAGUAUUUCACACUUUAUUAAACCAGAUUAAUUCUUAGCGCGCACAAAAUGAUGAUUAAAUGAGAGAUUUAUUACAGUGCAGUGUUAAAGAAGUGGAGAAAGUCAUGCGUUUAAUGUUUCUCUAUUAACCUUGAAUGUUAAUGUGCGCACUUUUAAAGCACACUUAAUCUGUAAAGGGAGAGUACGUGUUUUGUCAGGGCCUGUCGAGACAGUUUGAGCCACUUUAACAGGUUAAAGCAUUGAAGUUUUUUAAAAUAGUGCCAUUAGAAAAGUCUGAAAGCGGAUACAUAAUCUUUUUUUAGCAAUGCUUUUCAGAACUUCGAUCAUGAAUAAACAGAUAAGAAGAAUAGGUGAAGCUCAAACCUCUUUCAUUUAGAGGGAAUGAACUAAACCUGGAAACCACAAGUGAGGUGGGUGCAGUAUUCUCAAUUCUUUUGUUUUUGUAGGAUUGCUCUAAAGAUGCUUCUCUUAUUUCAAGGCUGAAAUAUUAUUAAUUUCAAUCUUUUUAACAAAACCAUAGAAAUAUUGUAAAGAUUUACUUACCCAGCCUGUUUGAGACACUUCAGAUCUAAGAAAUUUUUUUUCUUGAAGAUGUAAAUCUUCAAAGAUGCACUCAAAUAUUAACGGUAACAUAUCCCACCCUGUUUCCACCUUUAAACACAGUUCUCAGUGGUCUAAAUGAAAAAUCUGUGGAGGUGUUGACCCUGUAUAAACCAGCUCUGAACACACUUUCUUAACACGCUCAGUUUUGGUGUGUGUCUUUUUAAAUGUAAAGUAGCCUCUUCUAACCAUGCCCCUCUUUUCAUUGGAUUUUGCCGACACCCACCUGGGUGCUUGCAUUAGUUUUGGGUGGAGCUAGCAGUGGAGGAGCGGGUAUUUUUAGAACGCCUCUUUUUGACGUCAUAAUUCGCACAGACUCUAAAAUGACGGUCAGCUUUAGGCGGACCACAAACUGAAGAGCUAGGUUGGCUUAUUUCACAUUUUUGGACCAGUGGAUUCUUCAGAUAGCCGAAUUUAUGUGCAAAAAUACUUAAAUGUGUAUUUUCUAUUUAAUAUCCUCUUUUUCAUAGAGGCGCAGUCAUCUCCUAAACAGCUGGGUACUCUAUUUUUCUGAGAACGUGACUGGAGAAGACAGAAGUUGCUGUCGUCUUUAAGGUUUAUUUUGGGUAAUAGAUUGGUACUCAGUAUUAACUGCUGAAUGAUGGUGUGUUUUUAGACUGAACCAAAGUAAACUGGAGUGAGUUCAUAGUGUCCAGCUGUACCAGGACGAGACUCGUUUAGACGUUUUAGUCAGGAGUUCUUUAGCACAGAGGAAUGGUGUGAAGUCCACAUGUAGGCAGGUGUUUUAAAAACUAUAUAUUUCUCUAUUUUCAAAGAAAAUCUUGUCCACUCACUCUACAUAGUCAGAAACAUAUUUGUCUUCAUUUAAACAUAAAAAAUGCACUGUUACCUGCUGUAAAGAUCACACCAUGUAAACAGUAGUCUGUUCUUCACAAAGCAGCUCAUUCUUAGACAGCAGUGAUGUGAACAUUUUCUCUGCAAUGGCCAUUACAAUUUAAACUCACCAACCUGAAGCAGGUCUUGUCCAAAGCUGCUGAUGUUGGCAGUCAUCAGAGUAUUGUAUGAAGCAGCAGUGACCUCUGUAGUUCAUUCAGGUGUUUCUGUUCAUCAACAUCUAAAGAGAGCAACCGUGAGAGUAUAAGUGCAUCAGAAGUUAAGCCUGGCACACACUGAAGAUUUUAAAAUGACUUUGAAAAUAUGAGAGACCCUGUACAUGAUAACAAAUAUUCAUAGAUUUAACAGUUUUGUUUUUAUAGUGUAGUAUGUGCAAUGAGAUCAUCGACACAGUAACAGUAGUUGGAGUGUUGUUGCUUACGUGCCUUUUUUAAAUUGAGGUGUCUUUUCAUUAAAAACUGACCUCCAUGUGCAGGUGUAGGUACAGUGAAGUAAAUCAAUGUUUUAUCAUGGUGGAUGAAUUUUACAUAUUGCUCUUAUAUUCAGUUUAUUUUAAUGUAAAAGCAAGACUACUUUAGUGCUAUUUAGUAAUAAUAGCACUAUUUCUUUACCAUCCUAGCUGCUAAUGCUAAUACUGCAUCACCCUGUGUUUCUACCACGUCUGUUUUCUAUCAGUCAUAGCUGUUACAGCUAGUUUUCCACAUAUUGCUACAUUCAUCAAUUAAGUUGUGACAAUUUCUGGCGCUAUACAAACAGACUGACAUUUUCCAGCCUUGUGCCAAUCCAGGUCUCUAAUAUGCUUUGCCUGUAACUUGUGUCCGCUGGUGGUGCCAGCCAGGAGGUGUUUGCACUUAAAACACUUUAAAACAGCUUUUCUCUUUCAUUGUGAGAAAUUCAUUCAUGAGUUGACAAUAGUGGUUUAUUUAUUAGUAAUGGAGUGCAGGUUUUAUUGAAAGACUCCUCAGUUCAUAAAAAGGCAAGUAAGCAACAGGGGAGGGUAGAACACAGUGGGGUCCUACCCUCUUAGUUUCGUUCACCAACAACCGGUCUUCACUCUAUCUUGCACAAUUAGAUACAAACUCAGAGGAGACAAGCUAAAUGUGGCUAGCUGUUAGCUAGCUACAUCUAUUGCGGUAGCAGUUUCAGUCUAGCGCUUCUUCUUGUCUGUUAGAUUGUAGUUUGUUUCACCGUACAUAUUGUUUAAGCACUCUUGUUGCUGCCUUGAAUCAACAAGUUAUUUCUCUAUUUCAGGCGUCCAUCAAAAUUUUUAAUUACGUUUGCUAUUUUCUAUCCAUGGCUGUGUUUGUUCUUUCUCUCUUAGUCAGCUUGCUUCCUGGUUGGCUAAUGUUCAGUUCAACUUCACAGUCCUGCUCAUGCCUGCUCAGCUGUCUUCAGUGUUCCCCCACACUACAGGAUUUCUGAUCGUAUAUACUGAACAUGAUCUCUACACAACACAGGAAAAUCAUUAGAAGAUAAUCAUUAGAAACACUGGAAAAUUGGGCUUUUGCUGACUUUAGUUCAGAAGAGAGGAAGAUACAGUAUAGAUAACUGAGAACAGCCAUCCCAUGCAAGUAUCAUAGUGUUAAUAGCAAAUGCUAAUUUGCAACACCCGUCCCGUCUAUACACACAUAAAGGCUGUAAACAGAGAUUCUGUUAAUCUCCACCCUGGAAAGAGUGUACCUAAAGGUGCUGAUCAGUGACCUCAAACUCCAUUUGCUUGUGUAAGAAAUGCCAAAAUACACAAAAACCCUUCAUUUUCAAAAUAUCUGCCUACAUGUGCCUGCAGCAUAUCAGACUUUGGAUACAAAGCCAAUAUUUAAUAAGAAAAUUUUGAUUUUCAUGGUCAUACCAGUGUCUCAAAGUGCCAUUUUCACUACAGUGGCAACUGAAUUUUUCAAGUCAGGAUAAAAACUCUUUAUUUGAAUUCAUCUCCAAGAGAAAAUCGCGUCCCUAACAUUGGUGAACUUUCAAUAAAAAUGCAACUUUUGUAUCAACUAGAAUGCAAGAACAGAAAUGACUCAUGAGGCUCUAAUAUAAGCUCUUAAUAAGGCUAUUCAAACUCACUCUGCUUUGUGAUUUCACAUUUUCCAUUGCUGCCUUAAUGUUGAUGUUUUUACAGGAGUUGGGAAAUUUAAUCCCCUAUUUUAAUUUCUCAUGGUAAAGUUGGAUUAUUAGGGUUUCAUUAAAAAAGUCUUUUCUGAACUUUGAAGUCUUUUUAAAAACAAAAUUAAGUAGCUGGGUUUACACUAAUUCUUGUGCAGAGCUAUUAAACUUUCUCUAAUAGAAGCUGAUUGGCUGAAUCUUCCAACUUUUGAUGAUGUUGAAGGUAACUACUACACUCCAAGGGUGGUUUGUUUUUCAAUCAAAGCCAUAGCAUGAGACAACUCAGCUACUUUACAUGUAAACGUGCACAACAAAUCAUUUGUGUUGUUGAUGGUUGUUUUAUCAGCAGAGGCUCCACCUUCUGUGAUUGUGACCCUGAGUCAGGGGCCAAAGACACGGAUCAAUAUCACUUUUGCUGGUUAAAUCAAUUAAUUGAGCCGUACUGAAGGAAAAACACAUCUUGACACAGCCAAGAGUGCUAAAUCGAUAUCUUAUCUGCAUGUUCAGACAACAUACUGACAUGCAAAGAGUUUUCUUAAUAAAGAUUAUUCCACUUUAUUGCAAACUCAUGAUUAAAAGCUUUUUGUCUUUGGAAAAUGUCUUACUCAUGUGUUGAUCUAUGCUCACUGUACAGACGACUCAAUGAGCACUUUGUAACACACGUUGUGGCUUCUUGCAAUGUUCAGACUUCUCAAUUUUUCAAUAAAGC